AUGUUGCCGGAGCAAGAGGAGACUGUAGCGAGCCUGCACGCUACUAGCAGCAGCAGGGAAGAUCCCAUUUGGUGGACUAGCCUCCUGUCUCUCGAGUGGGCUGUUGGAGAGAGAUGGUGGAAUCGGUCCUGCUAUGUGGGAGCCCUCAUCUUCAACGCAGGCGCGCUCAUCCUUCCCGCGCUCUAUAAUACCCUUGUGAAGCUCUGGGUCGCAAGGAUUGAUCCUUCUCUUGUUGUUACCACGGACAUAUAUACCUACAUUAACACCGUCGCUGAGGUGCUCAAUGAGGGUUUACCGCGAGCGGUAUGGGUAACGAUCGCCGACAAACAAACGCGGUCGUUCGAAUCCCGCUUAGGCCUGGCACAUACUCUCAUCAUAUUCCAGGCCAUUCUGGGAAUGAUUAUGAGCGUUGUGUUUGCCGGGGCGGCACAGGCAUUCGCCUCCGCAUUUGUGCCCCACGAGGUGCAGAAGAAGAGCAUUAAGUAUGUCAGGAUCAGUGCCUUCUCGGCUCUGAGCUCUGCCAUAGACUUUGCAGUUUCUAACUCUACUCGAGCGCUGGAUAAGCCUGAUGUGCCUCUCUUCAUGAGCUCUGUCAAGGUGACGGUGAAUAUUGUUCUGGAUUUACUGUUUAUCUCCUCCUUCCAUGUGGGCAGCUGGACGCCAGAUAUUAACAUGCAAGCUGCCAUUCGCCUGUGCUGUGAAAUGACCGCGGCUGUUUGCGGGUUGCUCUACUUCUUCAUGACGACAAGUAUCAACAGGGACGGGCGUCAUUGGCAAUGGCGUGGCGAGAGACCUAGCUUGCACGCUUUUCUUGUGCUCUUUAAACCAGGGUUCAUUACCUUCCUUGAGUCGGCGGUUAGGAAUGCACUAUAUCUCUGGCUUGUACAUACCGUUGUCUCAAUGUCAGCAGACUAUGCCACCGCCUGGACGAUCUUCACGACUAUUCGGUGGGGACUGGUCAUGGUGCCGGUUCAGGCCUUGGAGGCUACGACCUUGGCAUUUGUUGGCCAUGCUUGGGGCGAGCUCAAGGAUACUAUCCCCUUGGUAGGUUUGUCUAGGCGAAGACUAUUCACCGUUAUUCGCCCAGCACUACUUUCCGUCAUAAUCGCUAUCAUUAUUGAGAUACCCCUAUACAUCAUCUUUUCAAUAUGGGCUUGCAAACCAUUUGCAUUAUUUCUGAGUAAAUCCGAGGCCGUUGCCGAAAUAACUGCACAUAUGUGGCAAACCAUAGACUGGUGCUACUUGAUGUACGCUAUAUCUACUCAGCUGGCAGCUGUACUGCUCGCUACCCGCCCCAUAUGGUAUCUAACGCAGUCCCUGAUUUCAAACCUUUGCUAUGUUCUUCCAUGGGCUGUGGUCUGUCAGGUCGUUGAUCUGAACCAGGCAAACGCAUGGACCUAUCAUAGUCUUGUUUUUGGAGGAAGCUUGGUGUUUACCUUUGUGGAGAUUAUCAUUGUCGAUUUGUUGUGGUCUUGGAAGCUCCUGGGUGGCAAGCUAUCCACUGGUACUGUUUGAGGUUUGCUAGGAAAUAGAGGACAGCCAUGUUAUUUCUGUGAUUAUCUAUGAUCAUGAGUCGAGGAGAGCUGGUGUAUGUAAGAAGAGAAAAUUCUCAUUUCCUGUCAAGUACGACAACAACAAGACUCCAUUGGUGCUCGCCAUGUAGGAUGAAUAGGGUGAGAUGGUAAUGUGGCUGCUUGACGGAGGGACGGACGUGAC